AUGGAAGAAUCGGGUUGCUCCGGUAUCUUGGGUAAUCUGUUUUGCCAUGAGGACGGGACUUCUCUCGAAGGGGGGGAGGAGGAGGAGGGAGAGAGAGGGGGCGAUGAGGUUGGGCUGACCAGGGACUCCGUAAUCUCCGAGGAGGAGGAAGCAUACAUCGGGACGCUGGUCUCUCGAGAGAACAGCUUCGAGGGGAGAAACAGCCGGGGUUUUUCCUCCAGCGACGCCUCCUCGGCGGUCCCCGCCGUGGACUGGCUGAAAUACGCGCGCUCCGCCGCCGUCCGGUGGAUUCUGAGAGUGGGUGUUCCCCACUCCAGAUUGUCAUUGUUUUUACUUUUUAUAUGUUUUCCGAUCUUUUCGAUCUCAGAAAGUUCUUGCCUUUUGAAUCAGACGCGGGUGUACUUCGGCUUCAGCCCCCAGACGGCAUACCUCUCCGUGAUUUACCUCGAUCGGUUCUUCGUGAAGCGAACCAUCGAUGUACGUAUUUAUCUCGCCUUUCACAAGAGAUUUCUCUGGCCGCUCUAUUCAGUAGCGUAGACCUGAACCUUAUUCGUAUGCAGAUGAGGCAAUCUUGGGCGAUUCAGUUGUUAUCGGUGGCGUGCCUGUCGCUGGCUGCGAAGAUGGAAGAAUGCAGAGUUCCGGCGCUGACGGAGUACCCAGGAGAGGAAUGCGAAUUCGAGAGCAAGGCAAUCCAGCGGAUGGAGCUCCUUGUAUUGAACACAUUGGAGUGGAGGAUGGGUUCAAUAACACCCUUUCUCUAUAUAGAUUACUUUGCGUCGAAGUUUGUACUUUGCCGCAGUGGCAAGGGCCUGCCGUCCAGAGCCACGGAGCUCAUCCUUGCCGCAAUUGAAGGUCAGUGCACUGGUCCAAUGAGAUAUCUCCAAUUGUUUUGUCGCUGCCGCACUGUUUAUUCUAACGUUGCCCGCUUCGAUCCUUCUGUAUUUCUCAUCAGGGAUGAACUUGGUGGAUCACCGCCCGUCCGCCGUGGCGGCCGCGGCAGUCUUCGCCGCCGCCGGGCAGCCAUUAACGAAGACGUUGCUGGAGGAUAAGAUUGGCGCCGUCUCCCCGUGUAGAUCGUUAGAAACUGUGAGCCGAAUAAAUCUUCGUUGCUCCACUCUUGUCUCUUCGGCCGGACUGAUAUUUUUCACCUCUGAAUUCGUAUUCUCUUUUCUCUCUUCCCCUCAGGACCGCACACUUUCUUGCUACAACCUGAUCAUGAUGAUGAUUCAGGAGUCAAGGAAGUCGCAGAAGGACCUGCCGUUACACAACCUUUUGAUCCCCUUCGAGGCGACGCCGGCAUCCUUCCCGUGUGUGCCUUGCUCCGGGGAUGCCAUUGAUAGCUCCUCCUUGAGCACCGUCUGCAGCAAGAGGAGAAGGCUUACCCUGGGCUCCUACGACUGCAAUUGCCCCACAUCCAGGAAGAACAACCCCGACUAG